AAUUUCUCCAGCAUGCUAUGUUUCUAGGGGAAGAGAUUUCGUGCGGGACCGGUUGCUUGGUUCAUUUACUUCAACAUGCCGACUGACACCAAACGUGUUCGUGGUCCAGAAGUGUCUCAGAGCCCGUCUCUCUUUUCGUGCGAUCCGGGGGCGGUUCUGCCCUCGAAGGGGCCCAGAGCGGACGGUCGGCGACGGGAUCAGGUCGACGUGCGGCCCGUUUUCGUCCGCUGUGGCCUGGUGAGCCAAGCUAAAGGCUCCGCGUACUUGGAGGCUGGAAACACCAAGCUGAUGUGCUGCGUUUACGGCCCCAGAGAAACAGACCGGAAGGAUGAGACGAAUAUGAAAUGUGGAAGAUUGACUACCGACAUGCGCUUUGCUCCAUUUUCCUGCCCGGAGAGGGGCUCCUGGAUUCAGGGGAGUCAGGACAAGGACUUUUCCCUGAUGUUACAUGAGAGCCUGCAGCCUGCCAUAUGUCUCCACAAAUACCCUCGCUCUCAGAUCGAGGUCAACGUGAUGGUUCUUGAGAACAGCGGUUCAGUUCUGGCCCAUGCCGUCACAUGCGCCUCUCUUGCGCUUGCAGAUGCGGGGAUCGAAAUGUAUGAUCUGGUCCUCGGUUGCUCCAUGCGCCAGGAUGGCACCUCCUAUGUGGUUGACCCCUCCUACAUGGAGGAAAACUGCUGCAACUCGGUAAGCUGUGAGAACCAGGGUGGUCUGACUGUCGCAUUCCUCCCAAGCCUGAACCAGAUUUCUGGACUACAGUCUGAUGGAGAAAUGACUGAAGAGACUCUAACCGCUGGAGUGAGGACCUGCAUUGAGGGAUGCUACAAACUGUACCCAGUUAUCCAGCGUGCCCUGACAAAGGCUGUGCGCAAAGCUGCGCCAUCACAAUCAGAGAGCUGAGUGAACCACGAACUCCUCCGUUUAUAGUCUUUCCUGUAGAUCAUUUCCAAUCGUUACUAAAGAACUUGAUCUAUUUUUCCAUGUGUGGUAUUAGUUCAUAUAUUAAAAGAAAAAAUGAACUGAGAUUCGCCUCUUUGCAUUUCCCCAUUAAAUUAUUUAACGGA